CAUUUUUGGACUAAACUGGGCCAGUAUCGGGUUUGUAUUUAUAUGAACGGUGUUUUAAAAUCGUGAUUGACGAGUUCGGGUGCACUCAUUCUCGAAUUCGGUGUUUUUAAAGACGUGCAUAAUGGGUUUUAUUGAUUUGUGAUGUUUGAUGGAUCUUUGGACAAGGAAUCCCUUGAUGCAUGGAGGCGGCGUUGCGCCCCCGUGGCCCCCCGCGCCGUAAGUUCAGUUUCCCCGCCGCCUUGACCAUCACCGACCCCCUCCCCCCCAACUCCAAACGCCGUUUCAGCAACGUCGGCGACGCCGUCACCCGCAAACUCUCCACAACCAUUGGUUGGCGGCGCCCUCCUGAAGAAGUCGUCGCCGUGGGCCGAGCCCUCUGCGUCCUUUACAUCCGUAGUCGCCUGAAACGCGCCGGACUUUUCAACCGGAAAUUGGGCCUUACGCGUGUCCGCAGCACUGUAAGCGCCGUCCCCGGGGGCGGCAGCGCCACAGUCCGGGAGGUGUUCCCCGGUUUGGCGUGUGCCUGCGCCGAGUUGGAGAGGGCCCAUUCCCGACUCUACCAAAACAUCGCACGACAGACAGGAGUGGGGCCCGAGACGGGGCCUGGGGGGCUGCUGGCUGCGAUAGGACACCAGUUGAUGCGGUGCGAGCCGGCGUGGGGUAAAGUCGUGGCGGUUUAUAGCGUGGCAGGGGGGCUGGCGGUGGACUGUGUAAGGCUGGGGCAUCCGGAAAAUGUCCACGAUUUGAUUGAUGGGAUGACGGAGCUGUUGGAGGAUAGGUUGGCCAUGUGGGUGGCGGCCAAUGGGGGCUGGACUGGCUUGAGUAGUCACUGCCGACCCGAGGACCAAGACAUCUCUUUCAUCGAAUAUCUCGGAAUCUUAGCCCUAGUAUUAGCAAUCCUACUUACGGCCUACAUUAUAAGGAAUUCGACGAAUUGGGGCGCCUACAGAGAAUAUGCAAUGGGGAGGUGGCGGUGAACAAAUGCGAAGGCUCGUGCAAAAGCCAAGUCCAGCCGUCGGUCAUCACCCCAACUGGAUUCCUCAAAGAAUGUUACUGCUGCAGGGAAAGCUUCCUCAGGGAACGCACCAUCACUCUCACCCAUUGCUACGACCCUGACGGCGUCCGUCUCACGGCCGAAACUGUCAAUUCCAUGGACGUGAAAUUGAGAGAACCGGCCGAAUGCAAAUGUUACAAAUGUGGUGAUUUCAGCCGAUAAUUUUGUAUCAAUAAAUAACGAUCAAAUUA